GUUAUGUGUCACGACUUCAUUUGUUUACAGGCAACCGAUUUGUGUGAUAGUUCCCAUUGUUCCGAUCAAAUUUUAAUAUUGUAUUAGGACUUUAACAAAUAAAAUAAAUAAAACAGAAUGAAGAAAAUGUGGGUGAAACGGGAGAGUCUGUACCACAAACCAUUUUACAAACAGAAGCUGAAAAUGUCCUUGUGUUUUGUUAUGUUAAUGGGAAUCAUUUUCUUUGCUUAUCAAAUAUUUUACAUGAAUCAAUUACAAUUUACAAUAUCUCCGAAUAAAUCGAGAAUAACGAUGCCAAUGCAUACAAACGUCAAUUCAAUGUCAUCAGAGGCUCAACACCAGGACGACUCUGGUCGAAAGAAAAUCAUCAGGGGUAUUCGACUUAGAGACUAUGACCUGUACAAUCCUAGCCUGAUGGCCAUGUUUAAGUGUAUGAAAACCGGUGUGCUGAUACCGAUUGAAAAGGUCAACGAUGACUACUGUGAUUGUCCGGAAGACGGAAGUGAUGAGCCAGAAACAAAUGCUUGUGCACAUGGACAUUUCUACUGCACGUAUCAGAAAAGAUUCAAAAUUGGUCGUUCGUUAGAAAUAUCCAUUCCGAGUAGUAGGAUUAACGAUGGCAUUUGUGACUGCUGUGAUGGCUCUGAUGAAUGGUUACCUGAUAGAAAUGACAAACUCUUGGACUGCCCUUACUUUUGUUAAUUAAAUGAGUGAGAACGUU